AUGCACGACGGCUUGAUCUAUGGCUAUGGCUGCCUGGUGAAGCAGUGCCACAGCCUUGACGAUGGCAGGAAGCUCCACGCCCUAAUCGAUCACGAUGGCCACGCCACCAACACAUUCAUCGCCAAUCUCCUCGUGGAAAUGUACGCCAGAUGCGGCAGCCUCGAGGAUGCGGUGUCGUGCUUCACCGCCAUAGCCGCCAAGAACAUCUUCUCCUGGAACAUCGCCAUCGCGGCAUUUGCCCGCCACGGGCAUUUCGACGAGGCCAUGGAUUGCUUCCGGCGGAUGCAGUGUCAAGGGAUCUUGCCGGACGAUUUCACCCUCAGCUCGGUUCUGGGCCCGUGCUCGCAGAUCAAGAACGCGGCGAGCGAGGUCCGGGGGAUUCACGAAAUAUUUCUCCAGCGCGGCGGAUGCGAUGCAGUCGUGGCGGCAGCGCUGAUCCAUGCGUAUGGCCGAUGCGGCCGGAUUGACGAGGCGAGAUCGCUCUUGUGCCAAGAGCAGGAGAUCGACAGCGAUGUGUGGAAUUCGCUCAUGGCUGUGUGUUCUUGGAAUGGGGAGGGGAGAAGGGGCUUGGAGAUUUUCUGGAGGAUGCAUCAAAUGGGAGUGAGGCCGGAUGGAUUUAGCUUCAGCACUGCGAUUGGCGCGUGCACGGCGAUCGGCGAUUUCGCGCAGGGAUGGAGCAUUCUUGGCCAGAUCCGUUGCCUGGAGCUGGAUCGAGAGAAUGAGAUCCUCGCCGUGGCGCUGAUCGAAAUGCUUGCAAAGAGCGGGAAAAUUCAAGAAGCCUGUAGCGUCUUCCAGCACGUGAGAAUCCCGCGAACCCUAAUCUUGUGGAACGCGACGAUCGCGGCGCUAGCGCAGGGUAGAAGAAUCGGUGCUGCGCUCCGGCUCUUCGAGAUGAUGCGCCGGGAGGGGGGUCUGGCUCCAGAUGCCGUUUCCUGGACGACGCUCAUCACGGCGCUGGAAGAUCGCGAGGAGGAGGCGUUCCAGCUCUUUCGCAGGAUGGAUUUGGAAGGUGUGAAGCCAGACAGGGUCACAUUCGUCGCGGUCGUGAAUGCCUGCUCCAAUUCCUUGAGUAGCGUCCGGGCAAUCCACUCCAGGAUUGUUGGAUCGGGCUUUUCAUCCUUCUUGGAGAUCAAGAACGCUCUGCUCGCGAAAUAUUCUCAAUGCGGUGGUCUCCAGGAGGCCAGGUCGAUCUUCUCGAGCAGCGGCCAGCACAGGGACGUGAUCUCGUGGAGCUCCAUGAUAGAAUCGUGCGCCCACCACGGCCGCGGCGAAGAAUCCCUCGCUCUCUUCCGCCGGAUGCAGCAAGAAGGCGUCGAUCCAAACGCUAUCACUUUCUUGAGCAUUCUCUCUGCGUGCCGGCACUCUGGAUUCCUGGACGAGGAGGCGCUGCGCUGCGUGGGAGCGAUGGAAGCGGAUUAUGGGAUCCAGCCAGGGCAAGAACACCGCGCUUGCGUCGUGGAUCUUCUUGGAAGAGCUGGGCGGUUGAAAGAGGCCGAGAAUCUCAUCACCGCUGAUGAUCGAUCCCAUGGGGAAGUGGCAUGGACGAGCUUCCUGGGAGGUUGUCGCGUCCAUCCGGACGAAGCUGGAGCGAUCAAGAGAGCUCAAGAACAGGUCCAGCAUUGCGAAUCGUCGGGAUUUCAUAUCCUACUUUCCAACGUCAAAUCAGGAUAA